AUGCUUUCUAAUUUCGAGCAACUAAUUUUCGUAGGAGGGGUACCAAGAUCAGGGACAACACUAAUGAGAGCAAUUUUGGAUGCACAUCCGGAUGUUAGAUGCGGAGGUGAAACUAUGCUCCUUCCAAGCUUCCUUACUUGGCAAGCCGGCUGGCGGACAGAUUGGGUUAAUAAUUCCGGUAUAACCCAAGAAGUUUUUGAUGAUGCAGUGUCCGCAUUUAUUACGGAGAUAAUCGCAAAGCAUGGAGAACUUGCCCCAAGACUAUGCAACAAAGAUCCAUACACUGCUCUUUGGCUUCCAACCAUUCAAAGGUUGUACCCGAAUUCUAAAUUUAUAUUGAUGAUUCGGGAUGCGAGAGCAGUAAUCCAUAGUAUGAUAGAACGGAAGGUUCCAGUGGCUGGAUAUAAUACGUCGGAUGAGCAAUCAAUGUUUGUGAAAUGGAAUCAGGAAAUUCGAAAAAUGCUAUUCCAAUGUAACAAUGCUCCGGGCCAGUGUAUCAAAGUUUACUAUGAACGGCUCAUACAAAAACCGGAGGAAGAAAUUCAGCGGAUCACAAAUUUUCUAGACCUACAGUAUUCCCAACAAAUGCUUCAUCACCAUGAACUUAUUGGAGCGGAAGUUGAUCUUAAUGACCAAGAAUUCUCCGCGUCUCAAGUUAAGAACUCAAUCAACACAAAAGCCUUGACUUCUUGGUUCGACUGUUUCAGCGAGGAUACUUUGAGAAAAUUAGACGACGUCGCACCAUUUUUAAGUGUUCUCGGAUACGACACAUCGAGCUCGAAACCAGAUUAUUCCAUGUUCGCUGAUGAUGAUUUUUACCAGUUCCGAAAUUUUUAUUCGUGA